AUGGUGAGGGUAGAUGGGUUGGUAGAACCGCACGACAUGAACGCCUGGGCCGUCGACGCCUCGAAUCUUCCUGGCCAGGAUAAUGGGGCUUUUAACCCAUCCACUAUCGAUCCCUCAGCCGCCUUCCUUCAUGCCUCCCCAAAUCCCCAGGACCCUAACCAAUUCCAGCGCAUGUUCAAUGGCGUGCCGCGGAAUGCUUCUCCCGGCUUCCACAACCCUGGCCAGGUGAUUCCAUCAAAACGACCUCGGCCAGAAGAUGGCAUGCCUAUGUCUCCGCGACCAGCGCCUGGUGGCGUGCCUGGGUCGCGAUCGCAAACACCUCAAGUCCCAUACCCAGGCUAUCAAGGUCCAGCUAAUGGAACACCGCAAUAUCCUCAACACCCCACACCUUAUCAACAUCUCCAACAAAAUGCAUCCCCUAAUGUGACUCAGUCCCCAGUCAUGCAAGACUUUGAUCAACAGAGUGUUCGUAUGGGGACAGCCUCCCCUAGCCCCUUCUCUCCCGCCGGUCCGCAUGUUGGCCCUCACAUGUCUCCACCUCAAUCAGAUCAUGGGAGCCGAGUCAACACCCCGCAAAAUGCCAAUUUCAUGCCAGGUCAGGCCUUUCCGCAAGGCAUGAACCCUCAAUUCCAGCAAGGACCCGGAAUGACCUCGGCUGGACCUCAGCAAUCCAUGCAAGCACAGCUAAGUGGUAUGCAACAAGGUGGUAUGCAACAAGUACCGCCGGGCUAUCAUCAAGCCAUUGCUAGCCAGCAGCAACGGUUACAUGCCAUGAAUAUGCAAAACCGCCAGAUGAAUUCCCACCCUCAGAUGGGUGCGCGUCCCCCUGCUGGCAUGAACCCCAUGGCAAACCCUCAACAAAUGGCUGCUAUCCGGCAAAUGCAGCAGAAUAUGGCGAAGCCAACCGAUCCCGCGGGCUUCAUGCGCACCUUGCAGAAGUUCAUGAUGCAGCGAAAUCUCCCCUUUGAUACAAAUCCAAUUAUCUGUGGCCGUCCUAUCAACCCUGUUCAGCUAUAUGGAACGGUUAUGAAAAUGGGUGGCUCUAAGAAAGUCACUGCAAUGAAUGCUUGGCCUGCAGUUGGACAACACCUACAGUUUCCGCAGAUGCAAUUCCAAUCGGCUGCUCAGGAACUUCGCGAUUACCACCAAAGGAAUCUCGCACUCUAUGAACAAGCUUAUAUCACAUCGCAACAAAGGCAAUUUGCGGAACAGAUGCAGCAGCAGCAGCAACAUCAACAACAACCUCAGCAGCAGCAGCAGCAGCAGCAGCAGCAGCAACCGCCGCCACCACCACAGCAGCAGCCCCAACCUCAGCCGCAAGGUGGAAUGCCUCGCCAACCCAAUGAUCCUUCAGCGAUGCAAUUGCAAUCCCCUGCGCUCAAACCAGGUCACGGGUUCGAUCAAUCACAGCAGAUCUCCCAUUCUUCACAGAAUCAUACCCCAAUUCCCAACCACGCUCAAGCUACGCCAGUAAAUGGCUUCACGACACCAACGCAGGCGCGGAGCCAAAGUAAGCCUCCCACUGGACACCGGUCUAGCAUCUCUCGACAAGUGCCACCGCCGACACCCCCAGUGAAUGCAGUUCAAUUCGCUACGCCUACGGCAGCACAGCAGCAGCCUAAAGCCGCAUCGGCCACGCCUGUCCCACAGCCCGCCCAAGCUGAGCACAAACUUGAGCAGGUAACCAAGGUUCCAAUUGAGGAUACGUUUAAGCCUACUGUCAUCACAGAACACCAUCUUCACGGGCCCAUUGUUGUUGAUGAAAUGUAUCAACUUGGAGAGCAUAUCUCACGGCUGAAGCCCUUUAUGCCAUCCUUUGCAGAGCUUGGCGUGGUUGAUAUUCAUGCCCUCAACAUGGGGCUCAAGUCUGGGAUUCAGGCAGAGAUUCGAGUCGCUUUAGAUACUUUGACCACUCUUUCAUGUGAACCAACAGUGCCAAUUUCUUUAGAGAACUGCGAUGACUUGGUGGAGAGUUUGGUGGACUGUGCCCAAGAUCAGGUCGAUUUUCUCGUUGAUCAUAUACCUGAGGUUUCCGAAAUCGUGCAUUUACGCUCAUAUGAAGAGGUUACUCGAGGGUGUCAGACUGAAUUUACCUCGUUGGCCGAAGUUCCUGAGUUUGGAAGCGUUGAGUACUAUCUUGAUCGAGCAGUUGAACGAUUGAUAUGCAUCACAACCAUAUUCCGCAACUUUUCCUUUAGUGAAACGAACCUCGGGAUCCUGGGCAUGCCUGAUGUCACUCAGGUUUAUGCGGACAUCUUCCGCUCCAUGGGGAUGCGCAAAAUGUUCCUACGGACCGACCAGAACACCUUGGACUUCAUGAAGGAUGCCGUGAUUUUUAUGAGCAACCUUGCCCACGUUAUGCAGAUUCCCGGAAAAGAGGAGGCUUUGAGUCUCUUGAACUUCCUUCUUGCCUUCGCGCCUACGCCGGAACCGACGUCGAAUCCAGACAAGCUGAUGUUUACUACGCUUAACCCCUCUGUUCAUCGAUACACUCCCGCUGCGGUGGACGGCCUCGCCAAAAUGUUGGCCCGAGAUGAUCCAAACAGAAUUUAUCUAGGUACCAUCUUCUCCGGUGAUGGUUCUGUUCCUCCCAGGCCUGAUCUAUUGACUCGUGCAUUUGGUCUCGCUAUUUGCGCUAUUCCUGAUAAGAAAACCCUGGUGGUUGCGGAUGCCCGCAAGGUAUUGCUUAUGCAUGGCCUUUUGGCCGCGGAUGUGUUGUCUACCUUUGCGGAUGGAUCUAUGGCAAGAUCAUGGCUUGCCUCUGUUGACGGGUUUGCCAUUCACCUCUUGAAUCUAUCUUGUCUGCUUUGCAACGAACGCCUGCCACAUCUUACCAACCCGCGCCAAAGAGGAGGUCAUCCCAGUGCCAAUGAUGCGGAUGCCUAUGCGUUCAGCUCUAUAAUCCACCGUGGAUUGGCUAUUCUCCGUCGACUUGCCGAGAAAUCAAAACAAGUAGACAACAUCUCCCCGAUCAAGCUCCCGUCUGGUGUCAUUCCCAGCAAGGAAAGCCUACUUGGGGCAUUACUGCUUACGAACAUGGACCCCACUAUCAUUCGCCAUCUCCUCGCAUAUGCUCGUCUUGCGGAGUGA